GCUGCCCUCUCGAACCGUAAUUUGUCUGUACCAUAUCGUAGACAAUCCGCCAUGCUGCUUGUUGGGUCCGUGAAGGUUACAGAAAACACGUUCUGUGCCCUACUAAAUUGGACUAUCCUUUCCUUCCCUCCCCUUACCGUCGUGAUGUCGAAGCCACCCCGGUUUCCCACCCAUCUGCCGGUAACUUACCACCCAUUUCUGGGUUAUUGCUUCCACGGCCACCGCCCUUCUCUCCCCCACAUGCCCCAUACCACAUCUCCGCCAUACCCCUCCUCCCCUCCCCUUCCUCCCAAGAACUCCUUCCUCCCCUUCCUCCUCAUCGGCUCUCCACUGACACUCCCUUAUCACAAUUCGCUAUCCUCACCCUCCCUUUCCCCCACUCGAUUCCGACCAAGAGCUUGUCACGAGUCUGUCAUUGCUGCCGGUAUCUCGGACCUUACAAAAAAACAAGGCAUAAGUUAGAGACGAAGCUCACAUAACCCAUAACCCUUCAAUAUAUAAUUUAAAGCUUCACUCAUUGUCUCUCCCCCCUUCUCUCCUUUCCUCCUACCCCCUCCUCACCCUUUCCACAACUUCCAACUCUCACUAUUCCCCACGAUCCCCCGCCCCUUGCGCCAACACUAUCUAUCGGCUCCCCAUCGACCCUCCGCUACCGUUGAUGCUCAUCGCGCCUUUUGGUCGUUAGUUGUGUGUUUGCGUCACCAGUCUCAGCUCUUGGGCUCUGAGAUCGGUUCCCUAACCCUGACUCCCUUGAAUCUCCUUUUCCUCCUUCAUCCCCUAUCCCUGCUUUAACGAUCCCCCAUCUAUCCCCCCUCUUCUUCUCUCCGAUUCCCGUCCAGGUGCUUCUUUUGGCUGCUACUGUAUCUGAACCUUCCCGAGCUUUCGUCUGACCGAUAUAGCAAACAUGCCGAAGUCAAACAUACCCACACGACGCUCAAACCUGCCGGUAAAGUCCGCAGAGCCUCGACCGGAGAACAUAUUCCUGUUUAUCCCAAACCUGAUAGGUAUCCAAGUUCUUUCCGUCCUAAAAACAGAAUCGAGCUGGAACGAGUUCUAAUGUUCGGAUUCCAGGAUACUCCCGAAUUCUCCUCGCUGGUGCCUCCCUAUACUACAUGUCCUAUCACCCUCACUAUUGUACAAUCCUUUAUUCCUUUUCUUGUCUCUUGGAUGCCCUGGACGGUUACGCUGCUCGCAAAUUUUCUCAGUCAACCAAAUUCGGCGCCGUAUUGGACAUGGUUACGGACCGUUGCACGACCAGCUGUUUGCUCUGUUUCUUGUCUUCGGCUUAUCCGAAAUGGGCUAUCUUGUUCCAGGGACUCAUCAGUUUAGAUCUGGCUAGCCACUAUAUGCACAUGUGAGUCUAGACGAUCAUCUCGCAGCCUCCGUGGCCGAAUAAAGCAGCUAAUGAACCAACAGGUACGCAUCUCUCGAUCGCGGUGCAGGGUCUCACAAGAAGGUGGAGAAGAAGCUGUCCCGAGUCCUGAAUCUUUAUUACUCCAACAAUGUAGGCCCCAAAACCUUUUGCCCCGAAUCCCCUACCUGUCUGAAUCCCCUCUCUAAAAUUCUUCCCUCAGAAAAUUCUUUUCGUAUUCUGCGCCGCAAAUGAGCUCUUUUUCCUCGCAAUGUACCUCCUUAGUUUCCCGCAGUUCUCUUCGGAAAUUCACUCCUGGCCGUGGAUAGUUGCCAUAGCCACUUUCCCGAUUUGCGCCGCGAAGCAAUGGAUCAAUGUUGUUCAGAUGGUUAAGGCUGCUGUUUCGCUCGCAGAGGGUGAUAUGGAGCAGAGGAAGAAGUCAUUAUAAAGGCUUCGUUUCUUCGAUAAUUGUUUGAGUUGGAUUAUCGAUGACGCCGGGAAACAAAGUAAUGGGGUCUCAGGAUACACGGCCGUAUGGAUAACAGGUAGGAAAGGCGCAUGUUUCCAGCAGCAAUUGGGAUUGGACCGGGUGAGAUUGGCAUGAGGGGAGAGGGUUGUUCAGGCAUAGACUUGGAGGUGGUACUUUUGCGUUUGUUUUCGGGACCUUUGAUUCUCUUUGCGACUGGUGUUGCUGGCUUAGGGUUCUUCUCUUUCUUUUCAUUAUAGGAUUUUAUUAUUACUUCUUUCCCUGGGGAUCCUUAAUUUGCCAUCGGAAAUGCCCGACCUUCUCGGUCUCAAAUUUAAUGCUUUCCCCCUUCUCCUUGUUUUUAAUUUGUUAUUCGUGUCUCCUUUUACUUGUAAAAUAAAACUUCCCCCCGCUAUGGCUGCAAUAACAACCCGGAAAAGGGCGGAAUCAAUAA